CCCCCAACCCUGACACUGAUGAACGAACACUUUGUUUUCAGGUUCAAAAACACACUUGAAAUAGCAGUGUACAGAAAGCUUGAGGUUGAGUAUGGGAACUGGACCUGGAAACUGAGAAGCAACAUGCUGACCAUUGAGAACGAGCUUCAUACCAAAAUUCAAAAUAGAAAACGUGAAGCGGUUGAACUCACUUACCUUCAGCAAAAAGUGAACACAACCUAUGAAGAAAUCAAAAAAGAAAUAACUAAAUACUUUGACAGAGACAAAGACAUGUUGGUUCAGUGGCGAGGUCGAUUUGAAGACAAAAUCAAAGAGUUUCGUGAUGAACUAGUGAGAGAAGUGAAAAGAAAACUGGAUGAAGUCAUCCAGCAGAAAAAGGCUUGUAAAAAGCUUGAUGACAAGAAGACAGAGUUUGAGAACAACCUGCUACAAAAAAGCAAAGAACUCGCUCAUAAGUUGAAGGACAAGGCAAAAAAUGAACAGGAACUUGAAAAGCAGUUCAACUCUGUCUGGAGUGGCUUAGUUACACAACUAACUGCAGAUACAAAAUGA